AAGAGGUUUACAAGGGUCCCCUGUCAGAUUGCCUCCUGCUCGAUUCUUUUCAAACACCCUGACCUGUGUCAUAAACCUAGCUGCUCUAUUCUUUUGUGCUGAAAUUUUAUCGCAGAUGUCAUUCAGAUCCUGAGCAGAAAAGUCUCUGUAAUAAUCCUGACCUUGAAUUGUCAGUUGUAUGGACAGUUUUGGAAAAGACCAGCUCUGAAAAUGGCAGCGAAUCAACUAGAGGACGUGGUUCAAAGAUGGAGAACAACUGAAGAUUUUAAACCAGAGGACCAUGAGCUCUUUCUGAAUGCUGGUCAUACAUGCAUUGCCCAAGGUGAUUACACUCAACUCCUGGACUUCAUAAAAGAGGAGGCCAAUCAGGACAUUUUAACAUAUAACAUACCACUGCAAAGAAGUUGCAUGAAGAGUCUAAGGGAACCUCUCCUCCAAGUUCAACUGGACAGAGAGGCGAACAUGACAGAAAUUUCACCCUUGUGGAAUUUUGCCACAGAAAUAAUGGCAAUCCUAGCAGUGAUCCAACAAUCUCUGCCAAAAAUCCUGUUCUAUCCUUUGAGAGGAAAAGAAGACACAAUUUCGGAGAAAGAUGGUUUUCAUCUGAAUGAAUCAAGAGCUUGCAUGGCUUACUUGCUCUUUGUCCAGCUUAUUGCCAUAGAAGUGCUUCCUGCAGUUUUUAGCCCUGUUUUCGUCCUGCAGUGUAAUAUGGAAUACAUCAAUCUUCUUUUAAGUAGAAAGGAUGAAUCAUGGAUAUUGAAAGGACUGGACUUACAUGUUAAAAGUUUGGAAAGAGUAACAGACUGCAGUCUCCCAGUGGAGCUCUUGGAGCUGAAACCAUUUCAUGAGGUUCCAAAGAACUUAAUUACAAUUAUGAUUGACUGUCCUAUCCAGCAUUUGAGAGGAAAAAGCCUUGCGGUGUUCCAGCUCUUUAUAGAGAAGCUUAAUGGUGAAGCCAAGCACACAUUUUUCAGACGCAUCAUGAAGACUAGCCAUCAUGCAGGUGUAGAAAGUAUCAUCAUCAAAAACAUAAAGAAUCAAGUGGAACGCUGCAGAAAGUCAGCCUAUGAUGACAGCUGGUUUGAGGGGACUCCGCUCAUCUCACUGCUCAGAGAAACUCUCAUUCUCCCACAGGGCCAUGAAACCGACUUGCUACAUGGGAUGGACAGGGUAAUGGAGUCUCUGAAUCUUCUGCGGUAUUUAUUGAUACAGGAAAGAAAAAUUUCUACUGGAAUAUGGACAGACCUGUGCCACAUUGCAGACAGUUACACAAAAUUAUUACGACUAUGUCUAAGCAUGUCAAAAUCAUACUAUGGUACAGAGUUGAAAAGACUUCGAGAGGACAAAAAGAUCAAGGCUAAAGAAUUUAAGGAGGCCUCUGGGAAGAGAUCAGUUCAGAGCUUGCUUGUGAAACCGGAGACGCUUGACAACAUGCCAUGUGAGGCACAGGAUAAGGUCUUGCAGUGCGCCUUGGUCACAUAUGACUUAAUGGAAAGCCUUGUGGUCCAUAUAGAGGAAAUCACUGAGGACAGUCAAAAAUGAAAUGGGGACAAUUGCUGCUUUCUGAACUGAAUAAUGUAUUUAUUAAUUUAUUUAUUUACCUUCUCUGUAGCAUGACACAUUUGUAAUGAUAAAGAGCAAUGUGAGAGCUACAAUAUCAAUAUUUUCAAUACUAUUCUGUAUUCUGACUUUGAAGACUUUUCCAGCACAAAUAAAAGGUGGACAUUUUCCCUCUAACUAUGUUUA